AUGUCUCUCCUCAUCCUCUCAGCCUCUGCCGUCUCUCAAGUCGCCUCAACUUUCUCUGCUGAUGAUCUCCGGUCUCUCAUGGCAGACGUCUUUGCCGUCGUCUCAUCGUCGUCGGAUCCAGCGUAUGCUCCUCCUCGUAUUGGAAUCCCCACGGAGCGUCACCAAGUGUUGUUCAUGCCCGCACGCAUAUCUGGUAUAGGAACCGCGCUAAAGAUCGUAUCCAUUCCUCGUGAGGGUGGUGGCGGUUUGCCCGCCAGUACUUUGGUGCUAGAUAAGGAAUCAGGCACGGUCAAGGCCGUCAUCAAUGCACGGGAGCUCACUGCACUGAGGAAUGCGGCAGGCUCCCUUUUAUCAACGACAUUGGUGGGAAUAACUGAGCCCCGAGUUCUGGUCGCGUUUGGAGCUGGCACACAGGUCGAGAAACAUAUUGAGCUGCAUGUGAAGGCGCUACCCACAAUCAAACACUGUGUCAUUGUCAAUCGUGCUAUGAAUAGCAGAUUGCAGGGUUUAAUGACCAGAUUGGCUACAACCUGUCCCGGGGUCGAGUUGGAGGCUGCCUCACAAGAUCGCGUCAAGGAUCUUCUGGCGUCAGCCGAUAUUAUUGUCACAGCUACACCCGCUCUUGAACCGCUCUUCCCCUCGAGCUGGGUGAGAAGCGGAACCCAUGUUGUACUCAUUGGGAGCUACAAAAAGGAAAUGCACGAGGUUGAUCGCGCCUUGAUAGAAAGGGCAUUCAAAGGCAUUCUGCUUGUAGACUCGAGAGAAGCAUGUUUUGCGGAAGCUGGGGAGUUGGAAGAAGGUGACCCGGUUGUCGAGAUAGGUGAGAUCAGGCAAUGGAGAAGGGGUGACUACGUUGAAGACUUCGGCGGCCCGGUAACUAUGUUCAAGUCGGUUGGUGUCGGGCUUCAGGAUGUCGCUAUCGCUUGCGCUGUUGUCGAAAGAGCAGAGAGUCUUGGCGUAGGCCUUGUGGUGGAAGGAUACGAUUGA